AGGAAGGAGCAGUCAUCCAACGAGCGCAGACGAAGAGAGGCCGAGCAGAAGCGAAAACGCCGUGCGCAAAAACAACCCCGUGGCUGCGGCAGCUUGAGGAGCAGAGCUGGGUUGCCUGCGCGUCCCCCCCCCCCCCCUUCAAAAAAAUAACUGGCCCCGACGGAGUCAAAUGAUCUCAAAGCGACAAGUUUCACUUUCCACAGGCGGAUGGGUGACUUUCCACGGCGCUUUGUGAGGAGGAGAUGAUGAAGAAUUUCAACAGCAGUCCCCUUCAUAGCAACAACCAGACUCCCAACCACAUCAGAGAGCGAAACAACAGAAAGUACAGCAGCUUACUCUCUGCGAUACCGUUGCGAUUUUCUCUGAGAGGUUAUGGUUUCUGCAUGGCUACGCUCUUCUUCUUCUGUUUCGGCUCCCUGUUUUACCAGCUGAACGGAGGACCCCCGAAAAUCCUGUUAGACCUCCGACAGUAUCUCGGCGAAUCCACAUAUCUGGAUGACCACGGACCCCCUGCCCCAAGAGUGCUCCCGUUCCCCAGCCAGGUGGUGUAUAACCGUGUGGGGAAGUGCGGCAGCCGGACGGUGGUCAUCCUGCUGAGGUUAUUGGCAGAGAAACACCAGUUUAACUUGGUCUCCUCAGACAUUCACAAUAAAACACGACUCACCAAACAUGAACAGGUGGAUCUCAUGAAGAACAUCAGUAAUAUCCCUCAGCCAUUCCUCUACACACGGCAUGUUCACUUCCUCAACUUUACCAGGUUUAGGAUAGAGCAGCCUGUCUAUAUCAAUAUAAUCCGAGACCCCAUCAACCGCUUCCUCUCCAACUAUUUCUUCCGGCGCUUCGGUGACUGGAGGGGGGAGCAGAACCACCUCAUCCGCACACCGGGGAUGAAGGAUGACGAGAGAUAUCUGGAUAUCAAUGUGUGCAUUCUAGAGAAUUACCCAGAGUGCUCCAACCCCAGAGUUUUCUACAUCAUCCCCUACUUCUGUGGACAGCAUCCUCAAUGCAGGGAGCCCGGAGUAUGGGCUCUGGAGAGGGCCAAACAGAACGUGAUGGAGAACUAUCUCCUUGUGGGGAUCCUAGAGGAGCUGGAGGAUGUUCUGCUUCUGUUGGAGAGGCUCUUACCUCAUUACUUUACUGGAGUACUCAACAUCUACAAGAGCCCAGACUACAGGAAGAUGGGAAACAUGACGGGCACUGUGCGUAAACACACGCCCACCCUGGAGGCCCUGCAGGUGCUCUACCACCGUAUGCGCUACGAGUACGAGUUCUACAACUUCAUUCGUGACCAGUUCCACCUCAUGAAGAAAAAAAUCGGCCUCAAGUCGGUCUCUCAACCCACCGCCUACUCGCCUGCUUUCCUCCGAGAGCUGGCUCUCCGAACCCCGGAGCCACUGGAUGAAGACGAGGAGCUGGACACAGACCUGGAGGAUGCCAACAGCUGGCUGGUCCAUCCCUAAGGGCUUUUCAGAGAAAAGUGGAUGUAGCCAGUAGUAGCCAACUGGCUAGAAAUGACAAGGCAGAGCUGGAGGCAGCCUGUGGGCAAAGAGGGGAGAGUCCCUGGUCUCCCAGUAUUCCUAAGAACAGUGAGCAGUGUGAGGAUCCGGAUGCUUGUGUUUGCAUGGGCUCUGCUUUCCAUUUGACUCCUAUCAUGGCAGACUCAGCACUGAGGACUAUGUGGUUGAGUAAUUGAUGGGACAAUUUUUAAAUUCUAUUUAAAAAAUAUAUCAAGGACAAUAAUGCAAAGCUCAAUGUGCUUGAUUGAGUUUGGAUUUUAAUUUGAGCUUGUUGUGGGUUCCUUUAAUUAAAAAAAACACCAUUUUUGAAAGUCUCCCGGAGAGACUGGUUCCAGAUUUGGAUGAUAUAAUAUGUUGGGAAAUAUUUUAAGUUUGUUACUGUGGGAAAAGACUUAAAAGACAUUAUACAACAGAGGACCAUUUUAUGAGAGGGUGACUGUCGUGAAAGCUGGAAUGGGAAAUGGUAUCCACAAAUAAAGAUGUACCAAGACCCUCUUAUGUAUAUUAGUUGCUUAGGACUGUUUUAAGUGCCAAAACUUGCUAAGAGCUUCAACAACUGGCAAUAACCUUUGUCAGUUGUUAUAGUAAUGGUUUAUAACAUUUUGUUUGAUUUGUAAGAUAUUAAAUAGGUGUAAAUGAGGGUUAAACGGUGAGCACUCAGUUAUGAAUUCAGAGAAUUCCAACAAUGUGUGCAAGAAUGAUGGAGUUUGACCAAACCAGCAGUGUACUUUAGAAUAGAUUUAUUAUUUUGAACAGUUUGUUGAGAACAUAGACUGGAUUCAAGGUUAAAGAAAAGAAUGGCGCAUAAUUCAUUUAACCCAAAGUUUAAAAGUUUGCCAAAUAUCAGUGUUUCUACUGCAUUGCAUUGCAAAACUGUAUGAAUAUACUGCACUUUUUCUGAGGUGACUUGUCCUGAAAUUCAACAGCCAAAUGGUCACGGAACUGGAAAAAAAUUAGCUUUUAAAAAGGAUUAUGUUACUGUUAACAAUUUUUUUUCUGUGUUGCCAGUCUUAGCUAACACAUUUUUUUCUCCAGCAGCUAUUCAGAGUGCAUGUCUUUUUUUUUUUUUUAUCACUCAUAUAAAACCAUCCAGAGAGCAGUAACCAUAAGCUAACGUGUGACCAUCAUCUUAAUAUUUCACUCUACCAUCCUAAUUUCUUUUCAUUGUACUGGUUUGUGUUUGAUGUUUCCUUAUUUUGCCAGUUUUAUUUAUUAUUUUGUAUGCAUUUACAUUCCAGACAAGAUUCUCAGGAAGGAAAAAAUGUCUAUUAACUUGAUCAUUUGUAUCUUUGGUUUCUGGCGGCUAUGAAACUUUUUUCUUUGUUGGCAUUUAAAGGUGUCUAGAAAGAGUUUAUAUCAACAGCUGAAAACUGGUUAACAAGAACUAAUGCAGUCCAUCAUUUUACCAUCUUCAAAAUAAAUGUCCUCCUAACUAUUGAA